GCCUCCUCAGGGAAGCAUCUGUGACUGUGCCUGAGAACAGGGUUUCCCAAAACCCCACCAAGAUGUCCUGUCAGCAAAGUCAGCAGCAGUGCCAGCCUCCUCCCAAAUGUCCUACUCCCAAAUGCCUCCCAAAGUGUCCUCCCAAGUGCCCAGCUCCCCCAAAGUGUCCUCCCAAGUGCCCAGCUCCAGUCUCUUCCUGCUGCAGCUCUAGCUCUGGGGGCUGCUGUGGCUCCAGCUCUGGGGGCUGCUGCAGCUCUGGGGGUGGAGGCUGCUGCCUGAGCCACCACAGGCCCCGCAGAUCUCUGCGACGCCGACACCAGAGCUCUGGCUGCUGCAGCAGUGGAGGCAGCAGUGGCUGCUGUGGCAGCAGUGGAGGCAGCAGUGGCUGCUGUGGCGGCAGUGGAGGCAGCAGUGGCUGCUGUGGCAGCAGUGGCAGUGGCAGUGGCCAGCAAUCUGGGGGCUCCAGUUGCUGCUCUGGAGGCUGCUGCUGAUCUGGGUCAUGAGAAGCACUGAAGAACAAGUUGACUUAGAGGGCAAAGGACUUAUUUCAGUCUACUAGAUGACCUCCUCCUCACUUUUGUCUGCUCUUCUAUGUCAAUCAAUUGAAUAAACAUGCAAGGUUUGCUUCUCAGAAGCAACCACCAACUCUG